CUGUAUAGGAAUCUUGAAAACAAUCUCUGAGAGCCCUGAGCUUCCAUGUAAAUCUACCAACUUUUAAGACUGCUAGGCUGGAAAAAUCUACAUACAGGCAACUCAGUUCACAGUCCCAGGUCUACUGGUCCAGCUGCUGGCCAUACAAGUCUCUGGGUUUUCAACGAAGUGUGACCAGUUCUUCGGAAGAGCUUCCGGAGUCCAGCUCGCCGCCGAGGGACGAGCGCUGCGGGCCGGCCUCCCGGGUGCAGCCGCCAGCGCCCAAGCUCUGCUUUCUCACAUCUGGCCAGGGAGGGAGGCUGCCAGGCACGCCAUCUCUUCUGGACAUAAUGUGACGUGGGGAGAUGAUCUGCAUUUCUUCUGAUAUAAGGCUACAGGGUAUGAGUUCAAAAACAGGGGCUAUCGUAGCCGAACCAACGACCGGGCUUCAGGGUCUAGCCGACCCCGAAAACCACCCCCUCACUAAGGGCUCCGUUCCUCACCGUCCAGAGGAAGGCGCAACCGGAAGAGGCGGGGCUCCCGCCCGGACGCGGCGCUCCCGCCACCAUGGCUUCUCGUGGGGUUGUAGGCAUUUUCCUCCUCUCUGCUCUCCCCAUCUUGUGUCUGGAGCUCCGGCGUGGGAGCCCUGAUCUAGGAGUUAAAGAUCUAAUUUUGCUGUGUGGUCGGAUUUUCUUACUGCUUGCUCUUCUUACUUUAAUUAUUUCUGUGACUACCUCAUGGCUUAAUUCAUUUAAAUCAUCUCAAGUAUAUCUGAAAGAAGAAGAAGAGAAGAAUGAGAAACGGCAAAAACUUGUCAGAAAAAAACAACAAGAGGCACAGGGUGAAAAGGCCAGCAGAUACAUAGAGAAUGUUCUAAAACCUCACCAGGAAAUGAAAUUGAGAAAACUGGAAGAGCGCUUUUAUCAGAUGACAGGUGAAACCUGGAAGUUAAGCACCGGUCAUAAACUUGGGGGUGACGAAGAUUUGGGGCUUGAAAAUGAGAGCCAGACAUCUUUUGAAACAUCAAACAGAGAAGCAGCAAAGAGAAGGAACUUGCCUAAGCCUCUAACCAAAAUUUCACCAUCUGCUGAGCAGCCUACGCAGAAGGAGGUUCUUAAUCUACCUGAAGAACCUCCUGAAGCAGCUGAAGAAGUAGUUGCUGUUGCUCUCCGAUGUCCAAGCGGGAAUGUCCUGAGAAGAAGAUUUUUGAAGUCUUGCAGUUCACAGGUCUUAUUUGACUGGAUGAAGAAAAUCGGGUACCACACAUCCCAAUACAGCCUUUCUACUUCCUUUCCCAGACGGCCUCUGGAAGUGGGGGGAGGCUGGUCACUGCAGGACAUAGGAAUAACCGUGGAUACUGUACUCAACGUGGAAGAGAGAGAGCAGAGCAGCUAAUUCAGAAAUGAGAACUACCUGUUCUACAUAAAAUCAGUUAUGCCAUGACCUUACAGGACAAUAAAGGAUUCACAUUGAAAUUACGCCAUUGGCUUGAUUCAGCUCAAGUAGAUAAACACUGUAAUGUUGAUAUCCUUGGGAACAUAGGGACAGAGGAUUAGAAAAGGAUUACUCUAUAUACAUAAUAGUUUUUGGAAUGUGCCAUUUUACAGUGUACCAAAUGAAAACUAGAUAAAGAUGUAUUUGGUAAGCACUCAAAGAUUUGUAUUUUUCCUAGCCGACAUCAUCUAUCGCUGUGUUGAAAAACAAAGUCAUAUGACUCGGUUUGCUGCCUCUUUGGUCCACCUGUCACACUGAACAUUUCAUAAUUCAGUCAAAUUCUCUAAUGCCUGUUAAGUAGGAAUGUUUGUUCUGCUGUAUUUCUAGAAAUUAAACCUUAAAGACAUUUCAAAGGUC